AAUUUCUUUAUGGUUUUAGAUUUUCGAUGAUAUAUGGUUUCUUUUCCCUUAUUUUCUCUCUGAUAUGUUCCAUUGAGAUUUGCGUAUUUCAAUCCCUGUUGGGUCUCUGUCUCUCUCUCUCUCUCUCUAUAUACCCUAGUGUAGUAGUAGAAGUAGACUCUGUUUUACAGUUGUCUAGAAAAUCGGUAAUUCUAGAGAGAGAAAGAGAGAUCGUAGCAGUAGAUUCCUAACCCUCUUUGUUUCGUUCACACCGAACGAAGGGUUUUUGCUAUAUAUCUGAUACAAUUUUCUCCCUUUUUUUCCCUUUCUUUCUCUGGUUUAAGAACAAAAGCUAGGGUUUUGUGAAAGGCGGUUGUGGGGAGGAGAUUUAUGUCGGCAGGGUCUGAAUUGGUGGUGAUUGGAGCUCCGUUGAAGCUCUGUUUUUCUUUGGAUUCUGUGUUCAUCACUCUCUGUAUGCGACAACUCUGCUGUCUCCACCAGCAGAGCACCAGCCUGUGUUUCCCAACUGUUUCGAUGCGUUUGAGGCCCAAAAGGACUUGUUCUGGAGUAGAGUGUUUUGGGGGUUUUCACAUAAAGCGAGAUCCUCUCACUUGAUACAACCCAGAGAUUUCUGUUUUUGUUUUCCUUGUUUUUCCUUCUUUUUUCUUUCCUUCCAAACACAAUUUUGUGGGUAACUUGAAGGGGCUUGGUGAGAUUUAGAUUUUUUGCGGUAUGUCCGAGCCUCAGAAACUAUUCAAUCGAGACGGUCUGUGCAAAAAAAUGAAGAAAAGAUCAUCCUCUGCUGAAGAAAGCAGGAGAACCAUGAGGAAAAUUCGUGUGAUUUGUCACGAUCCCGACAUGACUGAUUCGUCGGACGAUGAGAGAACUGUGAAGCGCAAGCGCAUCGUCACUGAGAUCAAUCUUACGAUUGAUAGUGACUCGACAGCUGUCAAUCUUUCGAUUGGUGGUGGCCCGAAAGCUGAGAUGGAGAGUUCGUGCGAAGAUAGCAACAGUGGAGGCAAAAACCCCAGAAAGGAUGGGGUUUUGAGCAAAACCCUGAAUCGGCAGAGGACCCCUUCGAAAUACAGGGGUGUUCGACAGCGAAAGUGGGGUAAAUGGGCGGCGGAAAUUCGAGACCCCUUCAUGGGAAAGAGGGUCUGGUUGGGGACUUUCCAGACUGCUGAAGACGCCGCGAGGGCUUACGACAUGAAGAAGCUCGAAUUCGAGGCGACACUGGCCUCUGCCUCUGCAUUUGAGAAGACCUUCAAGCAGACUUCUUCAAAGGCAAUCUCUCAGUCUCGAAAGCCCUCUGUUUCUGAGGACUCUGAUAGCGUUUUGUCUCACACUUCACCGUCGUCGGUCCUUGAGUUGGAAUCCUCGGCUUCGGCUACGGCCUCAGACAACAACAAUGGAAAAUUCAAUGAUUCAAUGCAAAAUCUUGGCAUUGUCAACAAUGUCACCGAUUCUCAAGUGCCUGAUUCGGUUCCUGUGGAUCAGCCAUCGAUCUGCCCCCAAGUGUUUGAUGCAGUUCCUGUGGAUGAGCCAUUGAUGUGCCCCCAAGUGUUUGAUGCAGUUCCUGUGGAUGAGCCAUUGAUGUGUUGUCAAGGCGGGCAAGGAUUGGUUUCUGUUGAUGAGCCAUUGAUGUGUUCUCAAGGUGGGCAAAUAAUGUACUCAGAAUUCGAUUGGAUGUUUGACGAUGAUGAAAUUGCGAAGCUUUGCGUAGAUGAAAACUUCUUCGACUUCGAAAACCUCAAACUUCCAGAAGACUUAAGUUUUGAACUUCCCGACAUAAGUUUUGAACUUGCAGAAGAAUUCGAUCUUCCACCAGAGUGUGAGGGUGGUGUGCUUGCUGCUCAUAAACCUCUCAACAUAGCUUGCCCCUGAGUUUUGCAGCUACUAGGAAUUAGUAUAGUAGUAUCCUAUAUUAAAUAGUGUUUUAUAUAGACGGUGAAAUCACAAGAACUGUGAGAUAUGUUCUUGAGGAAGAGAAGUGGUUUUGUUUGAGUGAGUUUAUUUGUUCGUUUGUCGAGAUCUGUUAGAGAGAGGAGCUAUUAUCCAUGUAAUGUUUCGGGGAGAGAAAAAACAGUCCUCAGGGUUUUCUUGUGCUUUUGGAGCCGUCCGAGGACUUCAGUCAGGCUUUGUUGAGUUUUUCUCAUCUCUGGUUAAAUCUCUCUUUUUUGUCCAUGAAAUUUCUCUGAUUUGGCUAUGGAAUUAAGUUUAUUAUCUUGAUGCUUACAA